AUGUAUGAGGGAUUAAUCAACGAUGCACUUUCAACAAAAGUAAACGGACGACAGACGCGUGCGGCAUUGAUGGGUGAUGAAGUGAUGGAGGAAGACAACGAAUAUAUUGAUGUUGAGGAUGGUCUGCAAGUUUUACUGAAAGGUCGCAAUAUGCCAAAAAAGUUCAGAUUACUACUGUUUGACCUUUUGUCCCUUCAAAAACCAAUUGGUUUUGGUCACUGGAAGUGA